AGCCGUCUUCCGGGUUAUGGAGGGGGGCCGUGGCAGGCGCCCGCUCACGGCGCAGAGCCGCCGAGGCCGCCCCGGCUGCGUCCCCCAGCCUCGGCUGGUGGAUGGGCGCGUGCCCAUGUGGCGGGGCGCAGGCCGUUGGGCCCACCUGCAGCAGGAGACCUGGUGUGGAAUUGACCCGCUGGCCGAGGGCGACCGACCGCUGGAAGCGGAUGGUUCCAUCCCGGCUCGUGGAGGAGAGCCUGUUCUUAGAUGGGAAGAUCCUCGCGGACUUUGCGACGUACCUGCAGCGGGAGCAGAAGCUGCCGCUCGCUGGCCAGCUCUGGCUGCUGGCCGCCGCGCGCUUCGGGCCGAACCCCACGGAGAGGGACGCCCAGGCCGCCGACCAGCUGGCCCGCGAGCUGGAGGGCCCGUGGGCCACGUACCUGCAGGCCCCCGAAGGCUUCUGCAGCUUCGGUGACGUCCAGGCGCGCAUGGUCCCACGUGGCGCCACGGCGGAGUCGAAGAUCCACAGGGUUACAUCUGCGAACUCCUCGGUGCCCGAGUACCCGGUGGUGUCCUGCGGCCAGAUCGUGAACCAGGACAACCUGAUGUACGAGUUCGCCGUGAGCGCCAUGAUGGGCAUCCGCGUGGCGGUCGAGUGCCAGUCGAUCUUCGACAGCGCUUUCGUCUCCGCCACGGGGGCGAAGACGGCAGCCGACGUGGACGCGUGGUGGCGGGCCGCCCUCCCGGACCUGGGGCUGGUCGAGUGCCUCCAGCACGCGUGCGUCGCGUACGAGGUGCCGCCCGAGGGCACCGCCUACAGCGCUCCCACCAGGGCACUCACCCACGGGCGCCUGGCGGACCCGUUCGUCAUAGAGGACUAUUGCCCCCAGCUGUUCGCCCAGGUGCGGCGCCUGAGCGGCAUCUCGAAUGAGCAGGUCUUCCGCUCGAUAUGCCGGCCCGACGUCGAGCUGGUGGAGUUCAAGACGAACUCGAGGAGCGGGGAGUUCUUCUUCUUCUCGCACGACGGCAGGUUUCUGCUGAAGACGAUCACCCGCCGGGAGGCGGAGGUGCUGAUCCGCAUGCUGCCCGACAUGAUCCGUCGCUUCGAAGAGGCUCCCCACUCGCUGCUGUGCCGGUACCUGGGCCUCUACCACAUCAAGCAGGCGGACGAGGAGUUCGAUCUCCUUUUUGCCGUGAUGGCCUCGGUGACGCAGAACGCCCGCCCUGUGCACCUCGCCUACGACCUCAAAGG